AUGUGCAUUAUUCAAAAUAUUAUAAUUUCAAACGCUCGAAGUCAAAACUCAAAAUGUAUUACUGAAGUUAAAUCCCGAAAGAAAGAUCUGUUUGAUAAUAUUCUGGAAACAAUAAGACAGAUGCAAAUCAAUGUGUCAAACAGGCAAGCUAAGCAGACUGAGGAGAUGAAGAAAGCACUUAAUAUUUUUGCAAAUCAUGGAAUUUGGAUUGAUUGUUGUCACUCUUGGGGUCAUGGAAUUUGGAACAAUCAAAUUAAAAUAACUGAAGAAUUAGAAAAAAUGAUAAAAAAGGACAAAAUAUCUAUACUUAAAGGGCAAAUAUCAAUGAGCAAAAAAUUAUUUCCCGUGGAUUCCACUCAGAAACAUCUAUUACAAUUUAGUAGUAAGGGAUACAAUUUGAUGUCACUCAACUUAGCAAAAAUUUACUCCAUUUCAUCCAAAACCAGCAAAUUAUUCCGUCACCAUCAACACAGUGUAGCAAAACUAAAAUAG